AUGGCGGCGACGCCAGACUCCAAAGGCCUAUCCUCGGAGGAGGACCCACUGGACUCCCCAGACGCCAUACCAGAGGUGGAUGACCCAUUCUCGGCUAUACAAUUAGGAGACGUGGGGGCUCCUGCAAUAAAAGGAGACAUUCUGAGCCUACUGAAACACCUGCGCACAUUUUUCCGCACAGAUAUAGCGGUACUCCGUGAAGAGGUUACAGCCAUCACGGACAGGGUGAAGGCCACAGAAGAGGACAUCUCCUCCAUGGCACAAUGCCAGUUAGGCCCAACGGAACAAAUACAACAACUCUAG